AAGUAUGGCAGAAGAUGCCAAACCUCUCUUCAUUCCUGUGGGAGGUGAUGAAAGCAAUUAUGGAAUCAUGAAUAUACAGUUUAAUCCAGAAGAUUUUAAAUGCAAAAGACCAUUCCAUGUAGAGCCUACGAACAUAGUUAGCGUGAAUGGAUACAGAGUCACUGAUGAAGCUUCAGCAAUGAAUAAGAGGAUUCAUUACUACAGCAGGCUUGCCUCUCCUGCACACAGGGCUCUGAUUGCUCCUGAUCAUGUACUUCCAGCACCUGAUGAGAUCUAUGUGUACAGUCCAUUAGGAACUGCUUUUAAAAUUGACAGUUGCACAGAUGGCCAUGGUAAAAACUCCAGUAUAGUGACAAUAUUUAUGAUAUGGAAUACAAUGAUGGAUACAUCUAUAUUAAGUAUCCCAUGGGGAAUAAAACAGGUAAAACUAGGAAAAAAUGUGCUUAUAAAAAUGUUUUCUGCUGAAUUUACUUCUGGAAUCAUUCUCAUCUUACUGAUGGGCAUUUUGACACUUUAUUGCUGUUACAGAGUUGUGAAAUCAUGGAAAAUGAUAUCUUUAAUAGAUACCUCACCCUGGGAAUUUCCAGAUGUUUGCAAGUAUUAUUUUGGAUCCUUUGGUCAAUGGUCAAGCUUCUUGUUUUCUAUGGUGUCACUUGUUGGAGCCAUGGUAGUUUACUGGGUGCUGAUGUCUAACUUUCUGUUCAACACAGGAAAGUUUAUAUACAGCAAGUAUUAGUAUAUAGUUAAGAUUUACAGCUAUGUUGUCUAAAGAUCAAGACUUUGCUUUACGUUAACAUAAAA